GUCAGGAGAUAUUGACCUUGAAGGACAACAGCUCCUGAGAUCCGCUUAUAUGGGUUUAUUUUAUUGUCUUGCUCUAUCAAGUGUUACUGUUUCAGGGUUUAAGUAGAGCAGAAAGCUAACGAGGGUGUGUCAAACACCAUUCAGCUGCCAUCUUUGAUUAUCAUGACAGGUGAUUCCAAUCAACCCAACCGUCCAACUACUCAAAGCCACAUUAGAAACUUCCUGAAGCAGUCUGAAGCUCUGAUAUCUGGGACGCUGUAUGGAGAAAUAUGUACUUCCUGCACACCAUUGAGGAAGAUGAUGAAUCUGAGGCACUCCUGCAGGAACCUCAGCUCAACCAGAAGGAGUCGGAUGAACCUUCACCACAUGGCAUCAGAAAGUCGAGACAUGAGACUGACUCCGAGAGUUACAAGGCCGCAGUAGCUUACUCUGGGAAAGAACCGGUCUCGCAAGAGAAGCGUAGCGACCCUAACUCCAGUACAGGUUUAGCUCCGGUGGCCUUGAAGGAACUGAGAAAACCACAUGAUGAACCGAAUAAGAGACUGAGCUCCUCAACACCAAGAAGCUUCAGGAGAAGUAGCUCCUCAACACAGACGUGGUCUAGGAGAAGAAUCUCUUCAGCAGCUAGAAGCCCUAUCAGAAGGAAUUCCUCAACACCAUGGAGCUCUAGAACAAUGAACUCCUCAACACCAGGAAGUGCUCAGAGAAGGACCUCCUUUGCACAGAGUUCUCCUUCCUCAAGUGCACCACAUGAAGUUUCAGGAAGUCGUUCUGCAUGGCGCAUGUCUGGGCCUGUAGAGGGGAAGGGUGAUGCACCAAAGAUGACUUCAUCGAAGAGGACUGGUAAAGCUCCAUCGAGAGCACCGAGACGUGAUUCCCUGAGACGGAGCUAUCGUACACGUCCAGCUCCUGAACACGACGACCUUCCUGCGCCGCAGUGGGUCAUCAAUCUGAUGUUUGACAUCGAAGAAGCCACCAGGCACGAGCUGACCGUGGAGUAAAAAUAGUAUUAUACAGAGAUUAGGCAAGUGAAGAUUGCUGUCAAUCAUUGGCUUUUUUUUUUUUUUUAAUAAAAUCUGUUUAUUUUCUUCAACACACUAUCGUAAAACUAUACUGUAUAUAAACCAUAAUAAACUGAAACAGUGUGAAUGUCUUUCUGUCUGGAAGUUCUGAGUAAUUACUGAUUUCUUUCCUCCUACACCAGAGAAAUUUAGAUAAAAAUCCGCAGCUAGCACCGACUGGUUCUAACC